AUGGCAUUCAUGAGAACGGAUACAGCACAUAGCUUCAAGAGCCGUGCUUGGUCUACCGAAGACUUGAGUGCUGGCCUGGCCCACAUCCUCACAGACGGGCGGCUGGAACUGCCUGAUGAUCUUUCACAGCUGAAGGACCACCGCUUCCUUGGCAAUGCUUCAAUGUUGGUGGAAAUUGAGCAGACCAUCGCCGAUUUGGAAGCAAGUCAGGCUGCAGCGACGCCGCAGGCAUUGGAGUCAAGGGCUGGCAUUCAAGAUGCAGAGACCUUGCCUGCAACUGACAGUCAGUUGGAGGAAAGCAAUGGUUUGUCCAAAGCUCAGCAACGGCUGAUCCACAUGUUCCAAAAGGGCCAAGUGGAUGCAGCUACGGCCAUGAAGCUGCUGGCUGAGAUGUCAAGCAGCCCCCAGUCUGAGGCACCCGAGGUUCCACCGAAAGGUGAUUCCAAAAAAAGGGCACGUAGUCCAGAGUCAGAGUUGGACACAGACGAAGACGAGGAUACCAAGACAAAGAACAAAUUGAAAGCCAAGUUGAGACGCUUGUGUGAACUGAAGAAGGGCAACAAGUUGAACGUGCCACAGUGGCUACAUGAUGCCUGGAAAUCGGGCGAUCAUUUGUCUAUGGCCUUGGAGUACCAGAAUUCCGGUUUCGACAAGGAGCAGUUCAUCAAGCGAUGUGAGAAAACCACCACGGAAGUCGAGAAGCAAUCGAAUAAGGUUUGUGUAGGUUGGUACUCAAAGGAGGACAUGCGAACCGAUUUGAAGUGGAAUGCGAAGAAAAUUGAAGGCGCCAUCCAGGUGUGCAUGCAGGAUGAAAAGCACUUGGUCAGGACUUGCAAGUACGGUGGAGAGCCUGAAUAUUGGGUCGAGACCCGGGAGACAGGUGAAAAGGGAAGUGAGAAGGAAGAGAAGAAAAAACGAAUCGAAAUCAGUGAGGACCACUCCAAAGAUCCUGUUGGCAAUGUUGACACCAGCAAGAUCAAGCAGAUGGAAGACCGACGCAAAGCUUCGGAGGGCGCUAUCCGCUGCAAGACGACCCUUUCCAAGUACUGCGACAGCCUACUCUCCAAGUCUGCGAAGAUCCGCUCAUUGGUGAAUGACUUGCAGAAACAUUAUGAUGACCCGCUGGCUGCCAAGUCGGUGAAAGCGCUCGAAGGAGAUCUGGUUACCUUGGAGAAGCGGUACAAUCUGUGCUCGGAGCACUUGGCCAAGGGGGAGACAGAGGACUUCAGCCAAGAGUGGUUUGGCAUGUGGUCACAGCGAUCUGAGAAGAUUAUGAAGGAAAGUACUUUUGAGAAUGCCAAACGUCACUUCAAGAAGAAGGAGAAGGUGCUGGCCCUACUGCCAAAGUCUUUGCAGCCAAUGUUGGGGCAGGAGCUUGCUUCCUUGGGUCCCUAUGCAUGGGAACGACAACCACGGGAUUGCCAGAGCAACAUUCGAGUGCUUGCACCUGGUGAUGCUUGCAGUGAUGGUUUGCCCCUUGAUAUUGACACCCCAGAGUUUAGAAGUCGGAGUCCACGCCGUUUUCCCCGUCAUGAUUUGAUGAAACCCUCCUACUUGGAUGAUGAAGACCUUAAACAAUGUGAUCGGUCAGAUGUGGUUUUCCAUCGAAUUAGCCAAGAGGAUCAUAUGUCCUGCCAAUUGCCAAAGGCAAAGGCGACAGCUGGCCGAAUCCUAGCCCAUGCAGGGGAUGUGACUCUGAACCCUGACUAUGGUCUCUUCGACAUCGACACUAUUGACCGGGCUGACUACGGAAGGGUUAUAGGUCUUUUUAUUCAUGGAGAUGAAGGAAGAACUUUGAAAAAACAAGGGCUGAUGGUGACAAGUAUACAAUCAGUGCUGGGCUCGGGUUUCUCUAGCAAACGUUUGAAGCGGCCUGCUGGUGCAAAUGAUGCUGGUAAGCUCCAUGUUAACUUCGCUGGACAUACGUUUCUGACCAGGUUUGUUUUGAGUGUGAUUCACAAAGUGGAUUACCAAUCCAACGCGGAGGUGUUUCAUGAUGCUAUGGACGUUGUUGCUGAAUCACUACGGGAUUUGCUUCACACUGGCAUUGUUGAUCGACUUACUGGUAAAACUUGGAGAUUUGCAGUUGUGGGUGUCAAGGGUGAUAUGCCUUACCUUCAGAAAAUGGGAAGACUGAAGCGCUCCUGGAACACUACAGUGAAACGGGGCAACCAACGCACUGCUCCAAAAGGUGUAUGCCAUCUUUGUUUGGCAGGCACCAACCAAUGCCCAGCUGAGGAUACCGCUGAUAGAGCUGUUUGGUUUAAUACCAUUGGGGUUCAAGUGCCGUGGGACACCACACCAGGGGUUGUGAGGCUGCUUCCACACCCAAGGGCUCACCCAGGUUCGUUUUUCCAGGCUGACCUAUGGCAUUGCGUGCAUCUUGGCAUUGGCAAAUCUUUUAUAGCAUCGGUGAUUCAAUUGGCUCUUGAAACAGUUCCGGCUACGAACAAUGAUGACCGUUUUCAAUGGCUUACUGACCAUGAUCAUAGAUGGUGCAGAUCAGUGAAGGCUUCAUCGCAUGUCUCGAAAAUCAGUGCAUACCUUGUGUCCCACGGGGAUGGGCCGGGUGCAACAGGAAACUGGUCCAAAGGAGGGCUGACGACAAAUCUGGCUCGCUGGAUUGUGAAACUACUGGGUGACAUUCCCUCCGAUGCCAAUGGAUUUCUUCCUAGGGCAAAGGAAGCUAUGAAACAGUUGAACGCUGCGAUUAGUUUUCUCUACAAUGCACCGUUGUUUCUGGAGCGCUCUGA